AUGAUAGAAAGCGAUAUCCCGGCCAUAAUGUCAGGAAUCGUUAGGAAUUCAGGGCAGAAUCACCACCCUUCCCAGGAGUACAGACUCUUGGCUUCUGCCCCCUCCCAGCUGAGUGAAGAUGACCUCCCCAGUGACUUACAGUCCUUGUCGUGGCUGACGUCCGUUGACGUUCCUCGGUUACAACAGAUGGCCAGUGGAAGGAUGGAUUUCAGCCUCGGAGCCCAGAACACAAUGCUGCAACAGCCAGGUCCCGUGGCAAGCAACAUGCACUCGGCAGGAGCUCCUGGAGCCAUGAUUCAUGUCCAGGCCAGCCUGCCACAGGGGAUCCUGGGACUGAGUUCUAUUUCAACACACGGGGCAAAUAUGAGCCAGUAUGCUGUAGGUGGGCAGCCAUCUCCUACUCUACAAACACAGCAACAACUCUUUCCUCCUCCUCACUCACAGCAGGUGUUUGCCCUAGCACAGAACACACAGCAGUGUAACCCAGCAGCAAUCUACAACCCAUCCUAUGGGACACAGCCACACUACUCCCAGCCCCGCCUGGCUCCUCACUCUGCCCAGGAGCUGCAUCCAAAGCACUACCCCAAGCCCAUCUACUCGUACAGCUGUUUGAUCGCCAUGGCACUGAAGAACAGCAAAACAGGCAGCCUCCCCGUGAGUGAGAUCUACAGCUUCAUGAAGGAGCACUUCCCCUACUUCAAGACAGCCCCCGAUGGCUGGAAGAACUCCGUGCGCCACAACCUGUCGCUCAAUAAGUGUUUUGAGAAGGUGGAGAACAAGCUGAGCGGCACCUCGCGCAAGGGCUGCCUCUGGGCCCUCAACCCCGCCAAGAUCGACAAGAUGGAGGAGGAGAUGCAGAAGUGGAAGAGGAAGGACUUGGCUGCUAUUCACAGGAGCAUGGCUAACCCAGAGGAGCUGGACAAGCUGAUCACCGACAGACCCGAGAGCUGCCGGCGGCCCGGCAAACAGGCAGAGCCCGAGGGGCCCCCCCUGAAGCACCUGGCCCCAGCGCAGGGCCGGCUGCCCGUGUCCCAGCUGCAGCCGCAGCCCGUCAUGACGCUGUCGCUGCAGCCGCUGCCGCUGCACCACCAGCUGCAGGCCCAGGCCCGCAUGGCCCCCGGCUCGCCCGCACCCGCGCAGACGCCUCCGCUGCACACGCUGCCCACCAUGAGCCCCAGCCCCCUGCCCCAGCACCCCCUGGGCCGCCUGCCCCCCGACUUCCUCAGCAUGACGGCCGACAUGAGCACGGAGGUGGAUGCUCUGGACCCGAGCAUUAUGGAUUUUGCCUUGCAAGGUAACAUAUGGGAGGAAAUAAAAGAUGACAGUUUCAGCCUCGACACCUUGGGUGCCUUCAGCAACUCUCCCCUGCACCUCUCAGACUGUGACCUGGGCACCCCUGGCCUCACCCCCGUGUCCAGUGGCAGUGAUCACUCCUUCUCAGACGUGCAGGUCACCGGCCUUUACACCACCUACACCACGCUGGACAACGUGGCAGCAGCUCAGUACAUGAACCCUCAGGGCAACAAACCCAUCGCUCUGCUCUGA